AUGGCAGAAGAGGUGCUUGCAAGGGUUGUUUUUGGAACUAGGACGCUGCAAGGAACAUCAAUCAAAACAAUGCCCGCAACGUUACAUGGCUAUAGACGUUAUCGGCUGAAGGAGCGGGACUAUCCAGGAGUUACAUCAAGUGUCGAAGAUAAGGUAGAAGGCAAGCUUGUUUUCAAUCUGGAUAGUUCAGCAAUACAGAAGCUAGAUGAUUUUGAAGGAUCAGAGUAUGCACGCAAAGUGAUCCGUGCCAUUGGAGCGGACGGAGAAACGUACUCGGCGUCAGUCUACAUCUUUCUAGAGACGCAUUUGUUGGAAAAAGACGCGGGAGAAUGGCGGCUUGAUGAAUUCAUAACGCAUAAAAUCCACAAUUGGAUCGCCGACGAGCUCGGGGACCAACAAGGUCUCGGGGGCCGGUUCUGGGACGCCCAGCAGGUUCCAAUAACAUAA